AUGGAGGUGGUGUGGGGGCAAACAAAUAGAAUCAAUCAUCGUUGGUUUGGUUUGGUUUUUUGUUUGGUGGGUUCGAAGAAUGAUGCGAGUUUUCCCCAGGAAACAACUCUUCCGAGCCCUCCUCUGCUCUUCUGACUACUUUCCUGCUUCUGCUUCUUCUUCUUCGACUUCUUCCAGAAGAGCCCUAACCCUAACAGCCUCUUGGUUACGGUCACAGCCGUCUCCGGGCGUGCUAACCUCUCCAUGGUCCGCCAUGCAGCUCCGCGGUGCCAAGUACCGCGGCUCCGAUGUGAAACCCGGUAAUGUCAUUGAAAAAAAAGGCAAAAUAUAUCAGGUCCUGAAAGCACAACACACGGUGCAAGGAAGAGGGGGUGCAUGCAUACAGGUGGAGCUUCGUGAUGUUGACAGUGGGAACAAAAUAAAUGAAAGGUUCCGUACAGAUGAGGCCAUUGAAAACUUGGCACAUCUUUUCAGUACUCUCUUGUCACUAUGGGCUGCAGGAGUGUUUGUUGAAGAAAAGCCCUAUACGUAUUUGUAUACCGAGGAUGAUGUUGUGGUACUGUCCGAGCCCAAUACAUUUGAUCAAUUGGAUGUGCCCAGGGACUUGUUUGGUGAAGCUGCUGUAUAUCUAAAAGAUGAGAUGACAGUAACAGUGCAGCUUUAUGAUGGUAAACCAAUGUCUGCCUCAGUCCCUCAAAGGGUAACAUGCAAAGUUGUGGAAGCACAAGUUCCAAUGAAGGGGAUUGCAGCCACCCCCCAUUACAAAAAAGUUUUACUGGACAAUGGGCUCAAUGUCCAGGUGCCAGCGCAUGUUUUAGCUGGUGAUCAGAUUGUCAUCAAUACUUCUGACAACUCCUAUAUUACCAGGUACAAGUAAAGCGAAGGAUGAGAAGAAUCCUAGCGGGGCAUGAUCUUUUGGGUUAGAUGUGUACAAAGCUCACUCGAACAAAAGGUCUUGGGGACAUGGUUGGUUUGUGUCAUGCUAGUGGCUAUACUUUUUGUUAUUUGGGCUUGUUGUAUCUCCUUUGGGAUAGCCUAAUAGAAUGUAAAUGGUUAUGUUUAUUUUGUUUUGUAUGAAAAAGAGUGGAAUCAUUACUACUUGUUGUUAAUGGUGUGAGUAACCUUGGUGGAGAUAUACUCUAGUCCCAUCUUGUGUGAACUUUCCCUCGAAAUUCCUUUGCUAACGGGACUUCUAGAGACGGGCCCUCACAGUUUGGUGACAGAGCUUUGUAUUGGAUUUCGGGUCAUUAGCUUUUGCCUCUUACAUGAAAUUCAUGUUAUAUCAAAUGGAUGAGAAGAGUGCAUCUUUGAGUGGC